CGCUGUCGUUUCAUCGCCCAUAAAAAGCGAAUUCAAUUCUCGGUUUCCUCUUUCCUUAUCCCUAAGCUCAAGCUCGAUCCCGAUCCCUAUUUCGAGAGAAACCAAAACAAAAAUGGAGAGGACGAUUUUGGCGGUGCUGGUCAUCGCCACUUUGGUGGUUUGUGGAUUUGAUCCGGUGAGGUCGGACGCAUCGGAUCACCGGUACAAAGAAGGAGAACAAGUCCCUCUUUAUGCUAACAAGGUCGGGCCUUUUCACAAUCCCAGUGAAACCUAUCGAUAUUUUGAUCUUCCCUUUUGCUUGCCAGAUCAUCUGAAAGAGAAGAAGGAAGCUCUUGGUGAAGUGUUGAAUGGAGAUCGAUUAGUCAGUGCUCCCUACCAGCUUGACUUCUUACGUGAUAAAGAUUCUGAAGUUGUGUGCAAGAAAAAACUCACAAAGGAGGAGGUUGCUCGGUUUCGAUCUGCUGUCAAGAAGGAUUACUACUUCCAGAUGUACUAUGAUGACUUACCCAUUUGGGGUUUCAUCGGGAAGGUUGACAAGGAAGGGAAAGAACCUAGCGAGUACAAAUAUUACCUUUUCAAGCAUAUUCACUUUGAUAUCUCUUACAACAAGGACCGUGUGAUUGAAAUUAAUGUCCGCACUGACCCAAAUACCCUUGCUGAUCUUACUGAGGACCAAGAAGUAGAAGUAGAAUUUUUAUAUACUGUGAAAUGGAAGGAAACAAACAUCCCAUUUGAGAAGAGGAUGGACAAGUACUCUCAGUCAUCGUCGUUGCCUCAUCAUUUGGAGAUCCAUUGGUUUUCUAUUAUAAAUUCAUGUGUGACAGUUCUCCUGCUAACUGGGUUUCUUGCCACAAUUCUCAUGCGAGUCCUCAAGAAUGACUUUGUCAAGUAUGCCCAUGAUGAAGAAGCAGCGGAAGACCAGGAGGAGACUGGAUGGAAAUACAUUCAUGGAGAUGUAUUCAGAUACCCCAAAUACAAGUCUCUAUUUGCGGCUUCACUUGGUUCUGGUAGCCAACUAUUCACUCUUACUGUGUUCAUCUUCCUGCUUGCACUAGUUGGAGUAUUUUAUCCUUACAACAGAGGGGCUCUCUUUACUGCAUUGGUUGUCAUAUAUGCCCUCACGUCAGGAAUUGCCGGCUAUACAGCUGCCUCCUUCUAUUGUCAAUUGGAAGGAACAAACUGGGUUAGAAAUCUGUUGUUGACUGGAUGUCUCUUCUGUGGACCAUUGUUCCUUAUGUUCUGCUUUUUAAAUACUGUUGCAAUUGCUUACACUGCUACAGCUGCUCUUCCAUUUGGCACAAUAGUGGUGAUAGUUCUUAUUUGGACUCUCGUUACUUCACCUUUGUUGGUGUUGGGUGGAAUAGCAGGGAAAAAUAGCAAGGCUGAAUUCCAAGCUCCUUGCCGCACUACCAAAUAUCCCAGAGAGAUUCCACCAUUGCCAUGGUACCGAGGGGCAAUUCCACAGAUGGCAAUGGCUGGGUUUCUUCCAUUCAGUGCUAUUUACAUCGAACUUUACUAUAUAUUUGCCAGUGUAUGGGGUCACAGGAUUUACACUAUAUACAGCAUCUUGUUUAUCGUCUUUAUUAUUCUAUUGAUAGUCACUGCUUUCAUUACGGUUGCGUUGACCUAUUUCCAACUGGCUGCUGAGGACCAUGAGUGGUGGUGGAGAUCUUUCCUAUGCGGUGGAUCAACUGGCCUCUUUAUCUACGCCUAUUGCCUGUAUUACUACUUUGCUCGCUCAGAUAUGUCUGGCUUCAUGCAAACAUCAUUUUUCUUCGGCUACAUGGCUUGUAUCUGCUAUGGUUUCUUCCUCAUGCUUGGAACUGUAGGCUUCCGCGCCGCCUUGCUUUUUGUCCGCCACAUAUAUAGGUCCAUCAAGUGUGAGUAGAUAGUUGGUCUCAAUCAUCAAAAGUCAUCUUUCUAUGUUUAUUAUGCUUCUUCUUGUUUCACAUGCGCGGAGUAGGGUUGUUCUCUACAGUAAUUUUUCGCGCGUUUUGUAUCAAUUCAAAAGUAGGAGCAGGGCUCAUUUUGAUUCUUGCUUCUGGAGAUGUUAGAUUACAACUUUGGAUGGCUAUAUGAGUAGAAAGUUUGUACCAUUACUUUUAUUUAGACUCUACAAUACAAGUUUCUUUCCCCCCCAUUUCCUAA